AUGACAAGUCGCAACAAGGAGAACAAAGGAGGUAUCAAUUGGGAUGCAAUCAUGCAGUCUGAUUGGGACAAUGAUCUAAAGACGCUCGAGGAGUUUGGCAAGAACUCUGUUGUUCCCGAUGUGCCCCUCUCGCAGAAGCAUGCUGUUGUGAAGAAAGAGGAAGAAAGCGAUGACGAAUUUGAGUUCGGCAAGGAUGAAGAAGUUGUCAAGAGUGGUAAGAAGCCACUGACGCCAAGUGAUUACGGAUUCACAGUUGUUCGACUGACUGACCUUGUCCCUGAUGGCUUCCCUUCUUAUCCAAAUGGAACCCCAAUCUUUCCUGGCGGGGAAAACUCUCCUAUCUACCCAAACCACCCUGAUUACCACCACUACAUGGGGGCUGAUCCAACCGAUCCAAACAUUCGUCGAACCAAUUCCCCACACAAACCCAAAGCUCUUGACUACAAGAAAGAAGAACCGGAGCCCCUUCUCUCGAGGACAUGUGGCUACUGCAACCAAGCCCCCUGUUUCAUGUUGCAGGAUUUGAUUGGUAAUUCACUGAUGAUGACAGGAGACAUGAUGAAAGAUGAUGGGUUCAGCAACCAGCAGAUUCGAAAGGCUCUCUACACUGAGGCAUCUCGCAUGAUCAAUGGUCGCCUUGGUCCAGGAAUCAGAAAGAAGCUUCCUACUUGUGUCGAAGGUGAGAUCAAGGAUAGCUACCCUCGCGACAAGAACAAGGAUCCCGAAUACGUGGGAUAUAAAGCCAAUUAG